GAACGCGUACUAUCUCAACAUUAUUCACCAUGGAGAAGAAUAAAGAGAACUUACCAUGGGUGGAGAAGUAUAGACCUGAGACCUUGGAUGAAGUGUAUGGUCAAUCUGAAAUUGUUGAUACCGUUCGCAAGUUUGUGCAAGAGGGUAAACUUCCUCAUUUACUAUUCUAUGGGCCUCCGGGGACCGGGAAAACGUCCACCAUCAUUGCAUUAGCACGAGAGAUCUAUGGACCCAAGUACAAGAACAUGGUGUUGGAGUUGAACGCUUCGGAUGAUAGAGGUAUCGAUGUGGUGAGAAACCAGAUCAAAGACUUUGCUUCCACCAUGCAAAUCUUUAGUAAAGGCUUUAAGUUGAUUAUCUUGGACGAAGCAGACGCCAUGACAUCGGUUGCUCAAAACGCCUUGAGAAGAAUCAUCGAAAAGUAUACCAAGAACACUCGGUUCUGUAUUUUGGCCAACUACUCCCACAAGUUGAACCCAGCGUUGGUGUCCAGGUGUACUCGCUUCCGGUUUCAACCUAUCCACACCGAUGCCAUACGGGAAAGAUUGAAGAACGUGGUUAUCAAGGAGAAGAUCACCAUCAAGCCAGAUGCCAUUGAGUCACUUUUGACGUUGUCCCAAGGAGAUAUGAGAAGAGCCUUGAAUGUGCUACAAAGUUGUAAGGCAUCUUUGGAUAAUCCUGACGACGAAAUUGACGAGGAAAUGAUAUAUAACUGCAUAGGUGCUCCCCAGCCAAAGGAUGUGGAAACCGUGUUGGACUCGAUCUUGAAAGACGAUUGGACUACUGCUUAUUUAACAAUGGACAAGUUCAAGAGAGUCAAGGGGUUGGCGUUGAUAGACUUGCUUGAGGGGUUCGUUGGAAUAUUGAACAAGUAUGAAUUGGACAAGCAGACGAAAAUCAAGAUCUUGAAGGGCUUGAGUGAAGUUGAGUACGGUAUUUCGAAGGGGGGAAACGAUAAGAUUAACUCGAGUGCCAUUAUCGGUGUGAUAAAAGACGCAUUUGAGAGCCAGGUGGUUGAGGUAUAAUAGUUCAAAGCCAGUGUAGAGUGGUACAAUACACAAUAAUGUUGUCAGAAACAGUGUGAAGUAGUAUAAUAUACAUUAAUAAUGGUAAAGUAGCUUUUAUGGGUGCACAGACGAGUUAUUUGCAGCCAGUGCGCACAAAAAAAAAAUUGAACAUCAGGGAUGAGACAAGGUCCCACAUCAAUACACUUGAGUGGUGGACCCGAUUGUGUGGACCCACUUGAAGAUCCCGACUUUCAGCAUCGAUUAGGCACCCUCCGACAGCUUCAGGAGGUGUUUCCAGAGAAGCCUCGCCGUGUGCUAGCACUCACCAUUAAAUCGCAUCCGGCAGCUCUGAUUGAGGAACUUGUGCAAUUGGUUCUUACUAGCCACGAACCCGACCAAAAUUACCCCCAUGAGGUAUACAUUCUUCUAGAAAUGUUUCCCAACAUGAGCUUGGGCACGUUGAAUGCGGCCUUUGUAACAAACGGUUCAAAUAUGGAUUUGGCUGUGUUAAACUUGGUAGGAAACGAAGUGGUUGGCAGUGCAGGAUUUCCAUGUUCAUUAGGCCAGAUUGUUCGGACCACAGGAAUGGAUGAGGCGACGUGCAAGAAGUACUUGGAUCUCAACAAAGGUGAUUACGGCAAGUCAUUCAUCGAAUUGGUGAUAAAUGAGGUGGACUUGGGUAGUUCCGAGUCUGCUACUCGUUCGCGAGUGAACAGAGGAUACAACUGCAAAACCCAGUAUGUGUAUGACGAGGGCCUACCAGAAUUCCGGGAAUUGGAGGACUUUUACAACACCAAUCCUGAUUUCAGACUUAUCAGCAAACCGUUUUUGAAAAAGCUCUUGGUGAUGUUCAAAGGGGAUCUCAACAAGACGGUUGAGAUGGUUGGAGUCAUCAUAACGGCAAUGUAUGAACGGCAGACUUUCGCAGGCGAAUGGUUUACAGGUGAAGAGAUGCCCAAACUCUCUGGUCCCAAGGAGAAGCUUGGAUCCAAAGUGGACGUUUUGAAGAUACCCAAGGCCGGACAGAGACUCCUUCAACAGACCGAGGCCAAGGGAUUGCAGAGGAUUCCAAACCGUGGAGUACAGACGUCAUUGUCCCCAGUUUCCAAAAUCUCACAUCUCCACAGCAUUGAUCUCCACAUGAUGGGCGUGUCCGAUGCCAUGCAAGCCACCACUAUGGCCCUUCGUGACUGGUGGGCACAGGAGCAACAGGAACGGAUUGAGGACGGCAAGUUGAGUCACUAUGGAACAAAAGCUCAGUUUGUAGAACCGUUGAGGGUGGUAACGGGACGAGGAAUUCAUUCUGCACAAGGCUAUUCUCGUAUCAAGGUGUCGGUAGGCAAGUACCUUGCUAGUCAUAUGUAUAUGUACACCGAAGAGACAUGGGGAUACAUUAUUUUGGGAAAACGAAAAGAUUCUGGAUGAAUUUAACCUAAAAGGUGUAAAAGGUGUAAAAUGUGCAUGGCUAAAAUUUUGAGUUUUGCAUGAAGCAUGAAUAAAAGCAUACACUUUGGAAAAUUAAAAAUGGGAAAUUUAGGGUGUUGUAAAGCCAUAACUCCGCUAUAUAUGAUAUAUUUAAGUUUAAUACUACAAACCCC